AUGGGACGCCCGAAAGUACUCGCCGACACAUUCGUCAUUGAGCCCAAGUCAACUUUCGAUCCGCGCACGAGCAUCCACAGCGUCGAUGAUGGAUCUCCGAAUCCAGCGCAGGAAAGUACGAUUCAGCUCUUCGAGAGCGACCCUUCACCCGAAGACCAACAAUGGCGACCGGGCGUGUGCGACUGGCUGGUUUUCAUCUGUAUCGUGAUCCUGGCGAUGAUGGAUGCAUUUGACGCUGCUGUGUUGAUACCCGUCUUGCCGGAAUUAGCAAAUACAUUCAACGAACCACUCGCCAACACCCUCUGGAUAAACACAGCCUAUCUAGUCUUCAGUGCCGGGAGCCAACUCUUCUUCACAAUGAUGUGCGAAGUCUUCAGUCACGGUCCCGUCUGGAUCGUGGCAGUCGUAUUCACUACGAUCGGCACGGGCAUGUGUAGCGGGUCAAUGAGUCUGACCGAGCUCGUCAUCGGUCGCUUGAUUCAGGGGAUCGGUGGUGGCGGCGCAAUGAGUCUCUGUUUCGUGAUAAUGGCCGAAUCAGCACCCAAGUCUGUACACUCGCGGUAUUCAUGUUAUAUUUUGCUCACGCGACUGCUGGGGACUAUCGUGGGACCGAUCGUUGGUGGGUUGUUUGUUGAUUUCGCGCACUGGACAUGGGCGUUCUAUUUCAACUUCGUUUUCUGUGCUUUGAGUCUCCUCGUUAUUCCAUUCGCGGUUGAUCUGCGUGUGUCGAAAAAUAUCCCGCUUCGCAAGCUACGAAUUCUCGACUGGUCUGGUGCUACGAUGGCUUUCAUUGGCCCGGGAACGAUUCUUGUUGGAUUGAACUGGGCCGGGAGUGUAUACCGGUGGAAUGACUGGCAGACAUGGAUGCCAAUUGCGAUAGGAGUUGCAAUUUUUAUCGCCAUGGUGUUCUAUGAGUCGACUUGGGCUUUACAUCCGCAAUUUGGUGUGCGUGUGUUUAAGACGCGGGUGACGGUCAUGUCCUAUGUGGGAUGCUUCCUUCAUGGCUUUGUGGUUUACUGCCAGCUGCAGUUCUUUACCUUCUAUUUCAUGUCGACAAAAUAUUUCAGCACGGUACUUUCUGGCGUCUCGUUAUUCGCAAUCACUGGGUUUGCCAUUAUACCAGCCGCCCUGGUGGGCAUUAUCAUGGCUCGGGAGUCGCAGUGCUCCAAGUGGAUCAUUUCUGGGGGCUGGCUCCUCGUUACCCUCGCAUCAGGAUGCUCCAUUCUUCUUGAUAGCACAACCCCGACCGUUGGGUGGGUGUUUUUAUUCUUCUCGGCUGGACUUGGUCACGGCCUCUUGCUGUCAAGCUACAAUAUUCGCAUCCACGAUAUACCCAAGUUGGAAGGUGUUUCCUUGCCGACAAACCCAACAACCAUUGCUAAUUUGAUGCGCGCCUGGGGCAUGGCAUUCGCGAUCCCUGUUGGUGGAGUCAUCUUUUUAAAUCGUUUUGGCGAUGAACUCCAGAGUAUUGGUCUGAAAUACGACCUUAUCAAUACAGCCAAAGGUUAUAUUAUCUUGAUGGAUCAGGUACAGAUGGCAGAAGGUCAGAGAGAAGCGGUCCAGGAUGCUUCCGCCAUGGCGCUACAAGUGGUGUGGGAAGUCAUCACAUGUGUCGCUGCUCUAGGUGGCCUUUCAUCUGCCUUUUUGUGGAAGAAAAAGGAAUAG